GAUGCCGGGAGGUUGGGCCUUAGGCCGCGGGCGGGAAGGAGCCGCCUGAGGCUGCGGAGAUCGAGGCCCGGCCCGGGACAGCACGCCUGCGCCCGGUGGGCCGUCGGGGCCGCGGUGUCCUCCCGCCCAGGAGUCGGGGAAGAUGAACUGGGUCGGGGGCUCCCGGACCAGGGUUCUGAUCAAGCAGGAAAGGCGAAAGCAAAAGGAAUACUUUGAAAAGAAAAGGUUAAAAUCAAAAAUGAAAUUACUGGGAGUUUUAUCCCCUGUCAAAAAUUCCACUGCCAGUUUAGAUCUUGUCAACCUAUACAUGGUAAACCAGAUAUCUUGCCAUAAGAAAACACCUGAAACUGUGAGAAAACCAACCCAUGUGAAUAUGAGUAGAGACAUAAAAAUGCCCCUAAGAAAGCAUGAUUUAGAACUUCCAGUGUCACCUCAUUGUGUACCAUCUAACCUCUGCAUUGAUGAUACAGAAAACAAUAUACAUCAUCAAAGACUAGGCAGCAAGAAAGAACUUGGCCCAGUUCAGUUGUCACAAGUCCUGGGCUCACACAGAAUGUUCGAACCUCAGUUCAACAGAAUAGAAAACUGCAGUUUCACUCCAUCAUCUUUUUCAGCAGAAUUAUCUUCUAAUAGACAUAUUACAGAACAAAAUUUCAUUCCCAGAAUAGCACCUCGUCCUCAGAGAGCUGCGUGUGAAGAAAAGCAGAAUGAGCAGCUCAGUAAUGUUAAUUUUUCUAAUUCCUUGUUUUCCAAAUUAAAUGAAAAUCAAGAUACUCUCAGUCCAUCAUAUAAAACAGCACAAUUUGGAAUGUUGUUUGAAAGAUUUAACAGUCCAGGAAAUAGGAAUUUCCCAACUGGAAGACCUGCAGUAGUGAUGGAUGAGAGAAGACAGUCAGACUUCAUUACUGAAAAACGAUCAGUACAACAUAUGUGGGGAGAAAAUAGAAAAAAGGCUUUAGGUUUUCUUGAAGAUGUGAACCAGCCAACCCCCAGGCUUCUGUCAGAGAAUUGUGACUCUUUUAUUAGUGGAAAUGUGAUCAGCUUAUUAAACAUAGAUCAGCAGAGAAUAAAGAAUACCUUUGACAAGUGUGGUUAUGACAGUAUGGGAGAUACUUGUGCAAUCACUAGUUCUGAUAAAAGCAGUUCCACUGAUGGAUGCAUUGAAAGUAUUUUUACAGAUCCAGGAUUGAAUUUUACUAAUUCUACUUUUACUACAAGUUAUCCAGAAGGGUGCUGUCCACACAGGAGCCAUCAGGAGGACAGCAGUAAUGAAAGAAGUGCCCUUAAUACAUCUUCUGAGGGUUGUUACCCAGCCAAUUCUCAAAAAAAGGGAAAAUUUGAAAGUGAUCAAGAGAAGACACCACAGAAAAAAAUCCGGCAAUAUCCAGUGAACCAUAUGGGUGAUAUUCCUUUGGAAGGAUUGCAUUCCAAGCAGUCACUGGAUUUUCGACCUGGUGAGAUUCUGAUUGAAGGAGGAGGAGCUUGUUCUUUAAAAGGCAGGCCAACAUCUUCUAAGAAAAUAUAUCUUGAUUCUUCACAGAGUAGUCUGUCUACCAGUUACUCUCCAAGGCCAACAGAUAGUUGUUUCAGUUCUAGUUCAGAAUUGUCAUCUGAAGAUGAAGAUCAAAAACGGAAGGAAGUUGAAGAUUCAAAUAGGAGAUCUAUCAAAACCAAAGAACCAACUAAUCAUUUGUGUCUAGAAAGGAUGGCAAAGCUUCCAUGUGAUAGGAUCAUUAAAAACAAUGCCAAAAUCCGUAAACAAAGUGAGAAUUUUCAUCACUGCUCAGUGAAAGAUACUGCUAAUCAGCCUCCACAGCCUCAGUGUAAUUCACACAUAUCACAAAACAAAACCAGUCAUUGCAGUUUACAGGUUGUAAAAUGUGAUGCAUGGGUACAAACAGAGAGUAAACCUGUGACAGAAGAAAAAUUAGAUGCUGCCGUACAGUGCAGUAUAAUUUCAAAAUGUGAAUGUGGAAGUGAUGUGUCUUCUCUUGGUAAUGUUGAAAGGUGCAGUGAAAAUAUUAAGUCGGAUACCACUGGAGGGCAGGAAAUCCUCAAGAACAACUCAUACUGCAAAAUCUCAGCUCGAGAGUGAGCGUUUCAUUUAAUGUUCAGAAUUCAUGAACAAAGUAAGGAAUGAGAAAACAUGAAAGUGCAAGGUCAGAGUAUUUAGAGGCUAUAUUAUGGUUUGUUUUAAAACAUUUUAGUAUUUAUGCAUUUGAUUUUAACAUAGAUAUUUCUUAAAUAGCUUUAGCAUUUAUUAAUGUGUAUGGAACUUACUGUCUGCCACUCUUGUGGUUAUUAUAUUAUAUUUGUGGAUUAAAAAUGUUUAAUUGCUUC